AGACAGGGUUAAUACUUAGCUCUGAGUCUCAGAGGCAGAGAAGGUUAGCUGAGGGAUCAAUGUGAUUAAAGCUGUAGGAGAGGAAAGAUGUGCCUGUCUGUUUGCUUGCUGCCUGAAUGUGGAGGGUGAAGGUUUUGGAACCUGAUUUCUGCAGAUUCUGGACUGUAUAUUCCCAGGGAUGAGCUCAUGCUUGCAUUUGAGGAUAUUUUCACCUGUAGACCUGCUGCUGCAAACCUGCUGCUGUCUCCCUGAGCUAACAACACACCUGGGCUUAAAGCACCCGCCUCCCUCUUUCCUCUGGCUGCAUCUUUCUGAAAGAGAAAGCCAGUGAGCAAGUGUCAGUGGAGAAGAGGAGAGACAGAUCACUUGCUUUAAGGACAAUCAAACACAUACACGCAUUUUCCAAGCAGCUACACGGCAACCAGCAAAAUAAACUGAACUGAUCGUUUUCUUAGCUUGUAGCUUUAACCUUGCAGUUGACAAAUAGAGAAAAAGAAAGCAAAAGAGUGGAAAGCCAAGCAUAUAGCUGGAAGAAUAGAAAAGAACAGGGGCAUGUGGAUAUUGGCUUUCUCCUUGUUCCAGAGCAUCUUGAAUGUUGUCAGUGAAGAUCUACAUUCCAGUCUGUAUUUUGUCAAUGCAUCUUUGCAAGAGGUAGUGUUUGCAAGCACCACAGGGACUUUGGUUCCCUGUCCUGCAGCAGGGAUCCCACCUGUGACACUCAGAUGGUAUCUAGCAACGGGCGAGGAGAUCUACGAUGUUCCAGGGAUCCGCCACGUCCACCUCAAUGGCACUCUCCAAAUUUUCCCCUUCCCCCCUUCAAGCUUUAGUACCUUAAUCCAUGAUAACACUUACUAUUGCACAGCUGAAAAUCCUUCAGGGAAAAUCAGAAGCCAGGAUGUCCACAUUAAGGCUGUUUUACGGGAACCUUAUACAGUCCGUGUGGAGGACCAGAAAACCAUGAGAGGCAAUGUAGCUGUCUUCAAGUGCAUUAUCUCCUCCUCUGUGGAGGCAUAUAUCACUGUUGUCUCAUGGGAGAAAGACACCGUCUCACUUGUCUCAGGAUCUAGAUUUUUCAUCACAUCCACGGGAGCCUUGUAUAUUAAAGAUGUACAGAAUGAAGAUGGAUUGUAUAACUACCGAUGUAUUACACGGCACAGAUACACUGGGGAAACACGACAGAGCAACAGUGCUAGACUUUUUGUAUCAGAUCCAACAAAUUCAGCUCCAUCUAUUCUUGAUGGAUUUGACCAUCGAAAAGCCAUGGCAGGGCAGCGUGUGGAGCUACCCUGUAAAGCAUUUGGACACCCAGAGCCAAAUUACCAUUGGCUGAAGGAUAACAUGCCUCUAGAGGUUGUAGGAAGGUUUCAGAAGACAGUGACAGGGUUGCUGAUUGAGAACUCUCGUCCUUCAGACUCCGGCAGCUACGUAUGUGAAGUGUCAAACAGAUAUGGAACUGCAAAGGUGAUAGGUCACCUUCAUGUAAAACAGCCACUAAAAGCUACAAUAAGUCCAAGGAAAGUAAAGAGCAGUGUUGGUAGCCAGGUUUCAUUGUCAUGUAGUGUUACCGGAACUGAGGACCAGGAACUCUCUUGGUACCGAAAUGGUGAAAUCCUCAAACCUGGGAAGAAUGUACGAAUUACAGGGAUCAACCAUGAAAAACUUAUAAUGGAUCACAUGGUUAAAAGUGAUGGUGGUGCCUACCAGUGCUUUGUUCGAAAAGACAAAAUGUCUGCUCAAGACUAUGUUCAAGUAAUGCUUGAAGAUGGAACACCCAAAAUUAUUUCUGCUUUUAGUGAGAAAGUGGUGAGUCCAGGAGAACCUGUUUCCCUUAUGUGCAAUGUGAAAGGGACCCCACUGCCCACAAUUACAUGGACUCUAGAUGAUGACCCAAUACUUAAGGGUGGCAGUCAUCGUAUCAGCCAGAUUAUCACUUCUGAGGGCAAUGUGGUCAGCUACCUGAAUAUUUCUAAUACUCAGGUUCGGGAUGGUGGAGUCUAUCGCUGCACUGCCAACAACUCUGCAGGAGUCGUCCUAUACCAGGCUCGAAUAAACGUAAGAGGGCCUGCAAGUAUUCGGCCAAUGAAAAACAUCACUGCAAUUGCAGGAUGGGAUACAUACAUUCACUGCCGUGUGAUUGGUUAUCCAUACUAUUCCAUCAAAUGGUAUAAGAAUUCCAACCUGCUUCCUUUUAACCACCGUCAAGUGGCUUUUGAGAACAAUGGGACUUUGAAACUCUCGGAUGUGCAAAAAGAAGUUGAUGAGGGUGAAUAUACUUGCAAUGUGCUGGUUCAACCUCAACUCUCCACAAGCCAGAGUGUGCAUGUGACUGUGAAAGUUCCACCUUUUAUUCAGCCUUUUGAAUUUCCAAGAUUCUCCAUUGGACAAAGGGUCUUCAUUCCAUGUGUUGUGGUCUCAGGGGAUCUGCCAAUCACAAUUACCUGGCAGAAGGAUGGAAGACCUAUUCCAGCAAGUCUUGGGGUAACCAUUGACAACAUUGACUUCACUAGCUCUUUAAGGAUUUCUAAUCUUUCACUGAUGCACAAUGGGAAUUACACCUGCAUAGCCAGAAAUGAUGCAGCAGCUGUGGAGCACCAAAGCCAAUUAAUUGUGAGAGUUCCACCUAAAUUUGUGGUUCAGCCAAGUGACCAAGAUGGAAUUUAUGGAAAAGCUGUCAUCCUUAAUUGUUCAGCAGAGGGUUAUCCUGUGCCCACGAUAGUCUGGAAAUUCUCAAAAGGUGCUGGAGUUCCUCAAUUCCAACCAAUUGUCUUAAAUGGACGUAUCCAGGUUCUCACAAAUGGUUCUUUAUUGAUUAAACAUGUUGUUGAAGAGGAUAGUGGAUAUUAUCUCUGCAAGGUCAGCAAUGAUGUGGGAGCAGAUGUCAGCAAAUCCAUGUACCUCACUGUUAAAAUUCCUGCUAUGAUAACAUCAUACCCAAAUACUACCCUGGCUACUCAGGGUCAAAAGAAGGAGAUGAUUUGUACAGCCCAUGGUGAAAAACCUAUUAUAGUCCGCUGGGAGAAAGAAGACCGAAUCAUUAACCCUGAAAUGGCUAGAUAUCUUGUAUCCACAAAGGAAGUGGGAGAAGAAGUCCUUUCUACUCUGCAGAUUUUGCCAACUCUGAGAGAAGAUUCUGGCUUCUUUUCCUGUCAUGCUAUCAAUUCUUAUGGGGAAGAUCGUGGAAUAAUUCAACUGACUGUGCAAGAACCCCCAGACCCUCCUGAAAUAGAAAUAAAAGAUGUGAGAGCACGCACUAUUACUCUCAGAUGGACCAUGGGAUUUGAUGGAAAUAGCCCAAUCACAGGCUAUGACAUAGAAUGCAAAAAUAAAUCAGACUCCUGGGAUUCUGCUCAGAGAACCAAAGAUGUUUCCCCUCAGCUGAACUCGGCCACCAUCAUUGAUAUCCAUCCUUCCUCCACCUACAGCAUCCGCAUGUAUGCCAAAAACCGAAUUGGCAAGAGUGAAGCCAGCAAUGAGCUCACCAUUACAGCUGAUGAAGCAGUACAAGGGUUGAAACAGGCUCCAAAGAAACACUUGCAAAAUGGCAUUAUUCGAGGCUACCAGAUAGGUUACCGGGAAUAUAGCACAGGAGGCAACUUCCAGUUCAACAUUAUCAGCAUUGAUACCACUGGAGACAGUGAAAUUUAUACUCUUGACAACCUAAAUAAAUUCACUCAGUAUGGCCUUGUGGUACAGGCAUGCAACCAGGCUGGAACAGGACCUUCUUCUCAGGAAAUCAUUACCACUACCCUAGAGGAUGUGCCCAGUUACCCUCCAGAGAAUGUCCAAGCCAUAGCUACAUCACCAGAAACCAUAUCCAUAACCUGGUCAACACUUGCCAAAGAAGCCUUGAAUGGAAUUCUCCAAGGAUUCAGAGUGAUAUACUGGGCUAAUCUCUUGGAUGGAGAGCUGGGAGAAAUUAAAAAUGUUACUACUACACAGCCUUCCCUGGAGCUAGAUGGGCUAGAAAAAUACACCAACUACAGCAUUCAGGUGUUGGCAUUUACCAGAGCUGGAGAUGGGGUCAGAAGCGAACAGAUAUUCACUCGUACCAAAGAAGAUGUUCCAGGUCCUCCCGCUGGGGUCAAAGCAGCAGCAGCCUCAGCCUCUACUGUUUUUGUAUCCUGGCUUCCCCCUUUCAAGUUAAAUGGAAUCAUCAGAAAGUAUACUGUGUUCUGCUCACACCCAUAUCCCACAGUUAACAGUGAAUUUGAAGCAUCUCCUGAUGCAUUUUCCUACAGAAUUCCUAACCUGAAUCGGAAUCAACAAUACAGUGUCUGGGUGGUGGCUGUGACUUCAGCAGGGAGAGGCAACAGCAGUGAAAUCAUCACUGUAGAGCCAUUAGCUAAAGCUCCAGCUAGAAUUCUGACUUUCAGUGGUACUGUAACUACCCCAUGGAUGAAAGACAUUGUCCUCCCUUGUAAGGCCGUUGGGGAUCCAUCACCUACAGUGAAAUGGAUGAAAGAUAGUAACGGGAUACCCAGUCUAGUAAUGGUUGAUGGGCGAAGAAGCAUCUUCAGCAAUGGCAGUUUUGUCAUCCGCACUGUGAAAGCAGAGGAUUCUGGAUAUUAUAGCUGUGUUGCCAAUAACAAUUGGGGAUCAGAUGAAAUUAUUUUAAAUUUGCAAGUACAAGUUCCACCAGAUCAACCUCGAUUAACUGUAUCUAAAACUACAUCUUCUUCAAUCACCCUUUCCUGGAUACCAGGAGAUAAUGGUGGCAGUUCUAUCAGAGGAUAUAUAUUGCAGUACUCAGAAGAUAACAGUGAGCAGUGGGGUAGUUUUCCAAUUAGUCCUAGUGAACGUUCUUAUCGAUUAGAAAGUUUGAAAUGUGGCACCUGGUAUAAGUUCACACUUACUGCUCAAAAUGGAGUUGGGCCAGGGCGCAUAAGUGAAAUCAUAGAAGCAAAAACACUAGGAAAAGAACCACAAUUUUCAAAGGAGCAAGAACUGUUUGCCAGCAUUAACACCACUCGAGUGAGGUUGAAUCUCAUUGGUUGGAAUGAUGGUGGUUGUCCAAUCACUUCUUUUAUUCUGGAGUAUAGGCCAUUUGGGACGACAGUCUGGACAACAGCUCAACGAACAUCACUUUCGAAGUCAUACAUUUUGUAUGAUCUACAAGAGGCUACCUGGUAUGAGCUGCAAAUGAGGGUGUGCAACAGUGCUGGUUGUGCAGAGAAACAGGCCAAAUUUGCUACACUUAACUAUGAUGGCAGCACAAUUCCUCCACUUAUUAAAUCAGUUGUCCAAAAUGAGGAAGGGCUGGCAACCAAUGAAGGAUUAAAGAUGCUAGUGACUAUUUCCUGCAUUUUGGUUGGAGUUUUGCUGUUGUUUGUGCUACUGUUGAUUGUAAGGAGAAGAAGGAGAGAACAAAGAUUGAAGAGAUUAAGAGAUGCAAAGAGUUUAGCUGAAAUGCUUAUGAGUAAGAAUACCAGAACCUCAGAUACUUUGAACAAACAACAGACCCUGAGAAUGCAUAUUGAUAUUCCCCGUGCACAGCUUCUAAUUGAAGAAAGAGACACAAUGGAAACCAUUGAUGACCGAUCAACAGUCCUAUUGACUGAUGCUGACUUUGGUGAAACGUCCAAGCAGAAAUCAUUGACAGUGACUCAUACAGUCCAUUACCAGUCUGUGUCUCAAGCCACUGGGCCAUUAGUGGAUGUUUCUGAUGCCCGACCAGGAACUAAUCCAACAACGAGGAGAAAUGCAAAGGGUGGACCCACAACUCGGAACAGAUAUGCCAGUCAAUGGACUCUCAAUAGGCCCCACCCCACCAUCUCAGCACACACUCUCACUACUGAUUGGAGAUUACCAACUCCGAGAGUCACAGGAUCAGUGGACAAAGAAAGUGAUAGUUACAGUGUCAGUCCUUCACAAGACACAGAUCGAGCAAGAAGUAGCAUGGUUUCCACAGAAAGUGCCUCUUCUACUUAUGAAGAAUUAGCAAGAGCCUAUGAACAUGCCAAGAUGGAAGAACAAUUAAGACAUGCAAAGUUUACCAUUACAGAAUGCUUCAUAUCAGACACAUCUUCAGAACAGUUAACGGCAGGGACUAAUGAGUACACAGACAGUCUGACCUCCAGCACCCCUUCAGAAUCAGGAAUCUGCAGAUUUACUGCAUCUCCCCCUAAACCUCAGGAUGGAGGACGAGUAAUGAAUAUGGCAGUUCCAAAGGCACAUCGGCCAGGUGACCUCAUUCAUUUGCCUCCUUAUCUUCGAAUGGAUUUUUUGUUAAAUCGAGGGGCCCCAGGCAUCAGCAGAGACCAGAAUUUAGGACAGGCUUGCUUGGAACCUCAGAAAAGUCGAACCUUGAAGUGUUCCACAGUCCUGGAGCCUAUUCCAAUGGAGGCAUCCUCAUCCACAAGAGAAGGACAGUCAUGGCAAGCUGGUGCUGUGGCCCCAUUACCUCAGAGAGAAGGAGUAGAACUGGGACAGGCAGCUAAAAUGAGCAGCUCUCAAGAAUCACUACUGGACUCUCGAGGCCACUUAAAAGGCAACAACCCCUAUGCCAAAUCCUACACCUUGGUAUAACAAGCAGAGUAUGGCUGGACAGUGGCUGUAAAUACAAUUAAAAACAAAUUCAAUUAAAGCUACUUUUUUAAGAAAAAACUGGAUUCUGAUAUUUAUAAUUAAAGAAAAUUGUCAAAAUAUUUUAAAAAAAGGUAAAAAACAAACAAAAAAAAAAGAAACCACAGAUACUUCAAAGACUCCCCUGCUUUUUUUCUGUCUGAGUGUGAUCUUCAUCUGACUGGGCAUCUGAUGUUUUUGGGUAAAAGAAGUCCGGUUUUCUGAUCUUCACAGGAUGUUGAAUUUUUACUGAUUUUUCUACAAAGUGCAUGGGGGACAAACAAAACAUUCUGGCUGGAAGUCAAUCACACAAGAUUAAAGAAAAACAGGGGGUAAUCACCUUAUUUGUGGAUUUUAAGGGACAUUGAUUUUAGGGGAAGGAAAAGUCUUUAAUCAUGUUUGCACACUUUUUUUUUUCCAAUUAGAAAAUGGGUCCUCAAUUGAGCUUUUUGUUGCUGUUGUUGUUGUUGUUACCGUUAAUUAGAAUGAGUCUUGUCUGUGAAGGGGGGAGGGGAGUGUUAAUUUGUUUUUUUUUUUCCUUUUUGUUUGUUUUUUAGUUUAACCAGAAACUUUGCAUUUUGUCUAAAUGAAAUAAACAAAAAAAGUUGUCUGUU